AUGGUAUGGAUUAUAUAGAACUGAUUUAUCCAGUGUUCUCGUACUAGAAAGCUGGUUCUGGAAAAUCGUUUUAAGUGACUUCAAUUAUCCGUUAACGCUUGACCACCCGAGCAGAUAUCAUCUUUAGAAUAAAGUAAAAGUAAUUCUUAAAUGAUGAUUUUAAUAUUCACUGAAGAAACUGAAAGUUCAAGUUUGCUUUUAAAUGAUUUGCAAGGUAGACAGGGAAAGAGGGUUAGCACACAUUAUAUGAAUGAUUUUCCUUCCAUUAUUUCGCUCAUAGGGAAGAGAUGGCAGCGUAAUUCUCUAUCAUGGAGUCCCAUCAGGCUCUGGGAAUUACCAAGCUGCUGUUGAGAUCAAGCUUAUUGAGGUAUGAACAAAAAUAUUGAAGUUAGAGGAUUUAUGUACCUUACCUUUUUACCUCCACUUCAAUAGCCUAGUGAGUUAUUGUGCGAGAAACAUUUGAGCAUAUUUUCAAAUGCCACACGGAUUAUUGAUUGAUUGUUUAUUCCUCAUCAUUCUUAGGAGGGAUGGAUUUCAACUGAUGGAGUGCCAGUCUCCAGGGAUAGUUUUAUGAGGGUGUUGUCAGAUGUUCAGGGAAUAUUCAUAAGAGCCUCUUAUGGCGAUCGACGCUCCAGUUUAGUCGAGUCAGUUAGGUACGUGAUUACUUCUUUGUGACUACUGAAAGAAACAUUUUCCAUAUAAGAGAUUUACACUGACGUCUUUUACUGUUUGGUAAGCAUUAAAGAUGUCUCUCUCGACGUGGCAUCUCAAGAAGACGCAGGCUAUGGCAAAGCCUUGUUGGUUGAAAAAUGCGAAUGCUCAAAAGGAUACGACGGACUGUCCUGUGAAGUAAGCUAUCAAUUCAGUGUUCAUUUUAUCUACGAAGCAAGGUAUCAAUAUGAAAACAAAUCAUCACCUCGCAUUGUUUUGAUGCUGCAUUGACUUAAAUGUAGGGAAAUGGAUCACCUUGUGUGGCCAGCGUAACCAUUUUUUUAUAAGUUCCUUUCAACAAUGAUUGCAAUUAUUUGUUUUUCUUAAAAAGACAAAAUGUGUGAUUCGUUGCAAAGUUUUGAACUCUUUCCUCUUUUCAUCUACCAUUCUAACAUAGAAACUGCGAUAAAUAUUCAGAGUUGUUUGAUGAUUUCAAAGGUAUCCAGAAGUGAGGCUCAUUCGACUAGACGCCUCACUAGAGAGAGAAAGGGAUGCUUGUUGAAAACGCACCUAGGGACAAAAUACGAUACAUUAUUUUUCUACCGAGGUCUUGGUACAUAGUAUGUACUUUUUUCGUGGUAAACCUACGAUGAUAUAGACGUUCAGUUACAAGAAAGUUAUGUCCUGAAACCGCACGUCAUACCUAGUAACUUUUAAUCACACAAUGGUAUCGCUAUUUUAGAAGCGAUAUCACUUUACGGAAGGGGCUCAUAGCAAACUUGAAUUUAGACGGGUGCUUUUUUUGGAGGGGAGUAUGUGAUAGGUUGGUUUCAGACCAGUUGACUUUUCCAAAAUCAUUUCUCUAAAUCCUUCUCAUGUUGGUUUCUUUUGAUAGUACUGUUCCCCAGGCUACACGCGAACUAGUGAUGGACUCAGUUGUAAAAAGUGUUCGUGUAAUGAACAUUCAGAUGUUUGUGACCAGGAAAAUGGCACUUGCUUUGUGAGUUUUUUCGUUUCCUCUCAAAGGAAUAUAUUACAGUUUUCCUCUUACUGUAAUAUAUGCUUGAUACUUUAAAUGUAUUUUGGCUAUGCGAAGUGUGGUUUUUGCGUUAUAGACAUUAUCAGGAAACGUCAAGAGCACGCAGAGCUUGACGAGAAUAAGUUUUUAUCAACCUUAAUCGAUGGUUAUAGCUGAUUGGAUGCUGUUAUGUAUUCCCUGAUUGUCCCUUCGUUUCUUUAUGACCUCACCGCCAAAUCUUUUAUUUAGGACUGCCGUUAUAACACCGAAGGUUCGCUCUGUGACAGGUGUCGGCUGGGUUACUUUGGAAACGCCUUGAGAGGAACUCCCGCUGACUGCAAGCCGUGCCCGUGUCCGCUGACUAUAUCUCCAAACCAGUACGCCUCUAUUUUUUACCUUAAUUUUUCUUAUAUCCUCUAUGUUAUGCAGCAACAUGAGGUAAGCAGCAAAUUUCGACUAUUUUAAUGGAACUUUUCCACAGCUCGUGCCUUUUUAAUGAAAUAGCCUGGUGACGAUUUGGUCUAUAUCUUCGUCGUGAUGUAGUUGUUUCCAUUUUAGAAAUACCAGAUGAUUAUCUUUUACCAGCAUAUGGCCACAGUAUAGUGUAGCUAAUGUUUCGUUUAUAUUUUCUGAUAUCUGUUUCCAGGUUUAGUCCAACUUGUUUCUUAGACAGUGACGAUCUUCCAACCUGUGACGCAUGCCCUGUAGGAUAUUCUGGACGAAAUUGCGAGUUGUAAGUGUGUUGUGUUCAGCGGUGCCUUUGGGAACUCACAACUUAAGCAGCAUGUGAGGAACGCCAUUUGUGUAACUGGUCAUGCGCUUCAAAAUUCAUGCAAUUGUAUAGCUAGUCUUAUGCGUUUGAACACUGUUUUGCACAACACAUUGCCCCUCUUGUGUCUUUCAUACUUUACAUGAAACUUGAGAAGCUGCAGUUAAAUCCGCGUACUUUGUGCCUACCUACAGAUGUGCAAUAAACUACACAGGAGAUCCCAUGAUACAUUAUUCCAAAUGUGAACUAGCAGGUAACGCCAAAGUUUGUCUGUUCUUUAGCACCAUAAGUUUGUUUUGAAUAAACGGGAACAAAGAUAUUAUAAGCAUAUUUUCUAUCCAUAAAGUGGUUCUUCAGCAGACAAUGCAAUUCGUCGAGGUAGCUUUUAUUCUAUUCGACCUGCUCAUAUUCAAAGUGUUUUGUUGUUGUUGUUUUUUUUGGGGGGGGAUUUUUCUACUCUUUUUUCUCACUUUUCUCGUCUUUCUCUGCUGGUGCCCAACCUGCAAAUUUGUUAAUUUUCAUGACCAGUUCAGUUACGAACUAUAACCAUUUCAUCCUAUUCCGCUGCUUCUUCGUGUAGCACCAACAGAGUGUGACACUCGCGGCAGUUUAGACACUGAUUCUGACGCUCGGCAAUGUCUGUGCAAGGUAAAAACGGAAUUUCGCCACAUUUUUCUAUCUAUGUUAUUGGUUGGCAUCUUGUUGAAAGUUCCAAAAAAAAUUAUGUAUAAUAAUACUCCGUAGGGCUAAUAAAAUAUGCGUAGUUAUUAUUCUCUGCAUCCUUACCAAUCCCGAAUAUAGCUUUGAAAUGUUGUAUCCUAAGCAGCGUGGCAUUUCUGAGUUUCUAAAAGGUUUUCAACCCGUUUGCGGUAAAUAGAAAGUUCAAAAACUAGUUGAGUCUUCCAAGUACUGUACUUAGGCCGAUAGAAAAUACAGAAAAUCCUUACCUGCGUCGACACUUCUUUUUGUAAAAUAUAACUUCAGAAAAUGCGAGCUUUCUCUUCAUUUGUAACGUUUUAAUGAAAGCUAUCCUUUUAUGUCGUUUACCUUUGCAGCUUAACGUCCGAGGUGAUACCUGCGACACUUGUAAACCAGGAUCUUUCAAUUUGCAAGAGGAUAAUCUCGAUGGCUGUACACCAUGUUUUUGCAAUGGAGUUUCUGACAGCUGCCAAAGCGCUAUGCUAAAUAAAACUCAGGUUAGCAACUCAUGCGUUCAUUGUUACGGAGCAGUUGUAGACAAAAUUGAAAAUAAGAGUAUUGAAAGCCAAGAGUAGGUUUUGAAUGUUGAAGCUGUGGUUGAAUUUUUAGAAGAGCAGUUUUAGGACUCCUUCAAGCUACAGUAACGGUCAAAUUAAGAGAUUUUGCAUGUAUUAAUACAUCUGAGAAAUGCAGCAAAAGCAACAUAUGAUGAAAUUAACCAAAGAAUACACUUUUUAGCUUGUGGAUAUUCUUAUAUGACUGUUCAUUACAAGCUGCUACUGCUGUAUUGUUAUAGUAUCUGGUUCGUUUAAAACAUUUAAAACGCAACAGCACGGAAACACUACAUUAGAAAUACAGAGCGAUACACGUCCUUUUGUUUUUUUCAGAUACGUUCUACCUUCUCGGUGGAUGAUCAGAAGAAUUUUACUCUUGUCACAUCUGACAGUUCCCCAAUAAACUCUUCAGAUCUCUUCGUUAAUCCUCUAACAAAGGAACUGACUUUUCAGUCGUUUGUGGAGGACGACGUUCAGGAAGAGAUUUUAUACUGGAAGCUGCCCCAAGAAUACACAGAGAAUAAGGUGAGUUUUGAAAGACUUUUUAAGGGGAGUUGUGUCGCAUAGAGUUACUAGAUGUAGACAAACUUUUAAAUUACCUCACAUUUUUGUUUACAGCUGACGUCAUACGGUGGUUUUUUUAGCUUUGUUGUCUCACACGAGGCAAGUUCUGAUGGAGAAACACUAUACGCGCCAGAUAUCAUCUUAAUUGUGAGUAACAGCAAUAAGUAUUAUAGAGUGGUUUAUCUAUUCAAGAAGUCAUAGCCUCCCAGGCAAAAUGAUGAAAUUCGGUAUUAUUUUUUCAUUGUUAUCAUUAUUGUUAUUAUUAUCAUUAUUAUUAUUAUAGUUAUUAUUAUUAUUAUUAUUAUUAUUAUUAUUAUUAUUAUUAUUACUAUCUCUUCUAUCACAGUCUUUGCUGGUAUUCUUUUUGUGCAUCAGCCGGGCGCAAACCAUGCACCUAAGGCAUCAGUCACUCAAAGCACCUUUCUGGGGAUUCGCGCAGAUCCCAACUGCUUUUGAUACUUUCUAUGUGUUUUCCACUCUCCCCUUCUUUACUGUACCAAGCACGCAAACAACCACAGGGAUCACUACGGUUCUCAUAUGCCACAUUCUCUGUAUUUAUUAUAAUAAUUAUCAUUAUUAUCUAUUAUUAUUGUUAUCAUUAUUAUUAUCAUUAUUAUUGUUAUCAUCAUCAUUAUUGUGAUUAUUAUUGUUGUUAUUAUCUAUUAUUGAUAAUAGAGUCCCACGCGGUAUUAAGAACAUUGUAAUUGACAUCCAAACAACAGAAAGUGCCAUGUCCAUUGAAUUUUAGACUUACAUUAUUUUAUAUGUUCCUUUCUUUAUUAUUCUAUUCGUAAAUAUUGACCUUUACACUAUUUAUCGUUCACAAGUAUUUGAAAGCUUGAAUUCUAAAUAAUUGCUUUUUAUUGUGAUAAUUUUACCAAUGAAGUCUUAUUUUGCCUUAGCUAUGCAAGUUCAUCUGAGUUAUGAUACAUUUUUGUACAUAAAGCACGAUUUUUUUCCUUCUAUAUUCAUCUGUGAAUAUUUUGACUAAGUUGUGAAUAAAGCGUUAUUAUUAUUAUCAUUAUUAUCUAUUAUUGUUAUUAUUUUUUUUAGGGAAGAGACAUAACACUUCAUCACUACAAACGUAGUCCUACCGGAAACGAUCGGGCAGGAGGUUACCAAGUUAUAUUUGAAGAGGUUUGAGGCUCAAUCCCUUCAUUCUCUCCUGAAUUUCUUUCUAAUUUACUCGAUAUGAAAUUAAAGAAAAGUAUUAUUGAAAUUAAAUCUUACUCUUUCAGAAUUCCUGGAUUGACAACACCAAUAGAGAGAUAUCACGAAACCAACUUAUGAAGGCUUUGCACCAUAUUGAGGCACUUUUGAUCAGAGCUUCUUAUAAUACUCAGAUGCUUCAGACAACGUAAGAUGAACAAAAUGUUUGCCAUUUUUUAGUUAUUCGUUUGUAUUCACGAUAAUUACCCUUGCAAGCCUCGUUAACAAGUGAAAAAUUAACAACUGAGCUUAAGAAAGUUCAAGUUGCGUUUCUGUAAAUAGUAAAGGUUUUGCAUGAGCUAUUCUUUCAAAAAACAUUUCCAUUUUUAUAAAUGGUUAUAUCUUUGAUUCAUAAUUUUAGAAAUAUUGGAUGGUGGUAUGAACCGUAAUCUACAAAAUAGUUUUUUCAUAUUGACACGAGCGUCCCUAACGAUUUCUGAUUUCCCAUCCUUUGAAAGAGCCACCUGUAGAAUUCUUAUGGACAGAAAUCAAGUCCAGAACUGAAUUUCAAUUUUAUAUCCUCACUCCUUUCUUUGAUUGUUAAUGUUUUGUAGCCUUCGUGAAGUUUCCAUGGACACUACAACUAAUGCCGUCACUAAUAAGCCUCGUGUUAGCUCGGUUGAACAAUGUGUAUGUCCAGCAGAGUACCAAGGUUUAUCCUGUGAGGUAGGUUCGACUCACUUUAUUUCUAUCCCUCCGUGAAAACUGGUCACACAAUCCUUGAUAUUUACUCUGAGUUCUCACGAAUGGCAUAUUUCUUUUGUUUUUUUCAACCGUUUCAUCACUGAUAACUAUGUAUUCAAUGAAAACUGUUCUUUCUUACGUUCACCAGUCGUGUAAAGCAGGUUACUAUCGAUCACGUGUUGGUCCACACCUUGGCAAGUGCAUAAAGUGUGAUUGUAACCGGCACUCACUUGAUGACUACUGUGAUCCUGAAACAGGAGAAUGCAAGGUGAGCCAGUCCGACGUAACGUGUUGCUUAUUACCCAGUGACUGGACAUAUUAUAUUUCUUAACGUUUACUCUAACAGAAUUGCCAGCACAAUACGGAAGGGUUUCGCUGUCAUAAGUGUGUGACUGGUUUCUAUGGAAACGCAACAAUUGGCCAACCAUCAGAUUGUAAGCCUUGUCCUUGCCCAAUGACGUCGCCACCAAACAGGUAAGAAGAGCGAAAUUAACCGAACUUCUCAUGACACUCGAACCCUCGAAAACGUGUGCCCUGAACUGAAUUGAAACAACAUCGACUUCUCCUGGACUUCCGUCAUACAAUUACUGAAAAAUCCACCGUAACUCGAAACAUUUAAUAACUCGAACAUUACGCUAACUAUGAGCUGUUUACUUUUCCUUUCCGGUCAUGUCUUUUAUAAAUCAACCCUUCAUAACUCGAACCAGGUUUGUCCUAACGAGUCAAACAAAUAGUAUUGUAGUCUAAAACAUUGAAAAUAUUUUUAGAAGCCGUGCAUUAUUUUUCUAUUUUACGCGAACUUUGCCAGCAGUUUAGAAUACGUUAAAUUGCAAUGCAUUGUAUCUUCAUUCUUUGAACGUUUUCAUUACAUUUGAAUUAUUUUCCAGGUUUAGUCCCACGUGUUUCAUGGCAGAGGAUAAUGAACCGACCUGCGAUGCAUGCCCACCAGGAUAUGGGGGUAGAAAAUGCGACAGGUGUGUUAGAAAGAAGAAAGUUCCUGUACUUACUUUAUAUAACUUGUCACUUCUCAUGAAGCCUCAAACGAUUAAGUAACCUCUCCAAACUUGUAGUAAAAUGUCAGAUAAAGGUCAAAAUUUACAUUUUGUCCAUCCUCUUUCCCUCCAUAAAUGUUAUUGUUUAGGGUUCAGAAGUAUGAGCGAAUGCUGCUUUAUAAAUAAGUGGUGACAUUAUUGAUUUAUGUCCACGAUCGAUGUCAUUUGCCUGCGUUUUAACACCAUUGCUUCCCAACGUUCUUCGAUCAGUUCUAGUCAACCAGUCAUUUUCGUGCUUCAAAUAUAAAAUCCCUUUCUUUCAUGCCCAGUGAGCUCUUUUCCCCUCCCCCUUUCUCGAGUCCAGUCUUCGAUCCUCCCGUGGAUCCCGAACACUGUCUGGUUAUCAACCAAUAAACAGUUUUCAGUUUAAGUGAAAAUUUUUAAUAAACAUAUUCCCAUUGUUUGUAGGUGUGUUGAGUCCUAUGUUGGAAAUCCAACCGAGCCAGGAGGAAAAUGCAACUUAGGUGAGAAUUUGCCAGAUUUUGAUUUUAUCUUAAGUGUUCCUAUAUCAGAUAUAUCUGCAAAGUCGAUGCAACACUUAAAAGUUUGGAAUAUUUGUCCCGAACAUACUUUUUUAAAUAUACUACAUUACAAGAGAUGUUAAAGGCUUACAUCUUGUUUUUUUUAAUACCUUUAUAAUACCGGAUAAGUUAUUUUUAUCAUUUCAAUUAGGAUUUCUCUCUCACUCUUUUUAAUUAAUUUUUUGCAAAUUUGGAAGUCGACUGUAGAUGUGAUGUUCGUGGUUCGAUCAACAGUUCUUGUGAUCCUAUUACCACACAGUGCUUUUGUAAGGUGGGUGAUGAAAGCUAAAGUAUAUAUCUGAGUAGCCCGCGUAGUCAGAACUAAAUGUGCGCCUUAAGCAAUGAGCCACCAAGCCGCGAGAGCGGAAAAAACCUUUAUCACUAUCUUCCGUUCCGAGCCUCCCGCGGCUUUGCAACUCGUUUUCAAGGCCCCCACCGCUUAGCGCAUCUACGUACCUACAAAACUGCCAGUUACGCCGGGUAUACUAAGAGGCGACUUGUCUUAUAUGACAGUAAUGAGUAUAAGGAGCAGAGCUAGACUUUUUUUGUCCGAGUCGUCACGAUUUCAUUACGUCAUUAGCGCACAACGUUAGUGCUGAGCUGUAUCCAACCUCAAAUUUCACUUUUCAUCUGGAAACCGUUACAUUCGGCACGCGACUUGCGUCCGAAGUCACAGUUGACAGUUUAGUAAGUGGCGAUAUGCUCUGUUGACCUAUAGUGUCAAAAAAGAGUUUUAAAGUGUCUCAAUGACGCUCGCGCACUUUUUAAUUCAGUGCACUGGUUUUACAGUAGUUGUGUCAGGAAUUUCAUUGUAGAUGAAAACAAAGAGGUAAUGAAAUUUAUUAUUAACUCAUCGUUUUCCCGUUCCAUUGGCCCUUCCUUAGCAUGUCAGCGUACUUUCUGGUGACAUUCUUUCUUAAAUUGGAACUACUUAUACGGCGUUCAAACCCGUUAGAAGGUAGCUAUAAGAAGAAUUUGAAGUCCUGUAAUUUAAUUAUAUAUGUGAGUUUUCGCGUGGUGACUGACCUCAAGCACAUACCGACUGCCGAUCUCCCAAACCUGACCUGAUCUCAAAUCUGUAAAAAAUAUUUUGUCUGUUCGAUUUAAAAAUAGCGCCAAAUAUAGAUUACUCUCUUCCUUUCCUUCUUCGAUCCCGCUGCGUAUCGGAGAUUUCUGUCCAUCUAAACAGUGUUCGUUUUGUGAUCAACCAAGCUUCAGAAAUUAAAAAUGUCGACGAUAUGAUUUAAGAAAUUAGCGCAACACGAACUGCCAGCCUUUAAGGUUUUUUUUUUUUUACUUUUUUUUUUUCGACUAGACAACUGUGACUCGCUCGUCAAAACGACUUUCGAGAAAUUAGCAUUUUGACAGUGCGUAAAGUUUGCCUCUCAUCCAUGCAUCCUUGUUAUCGCAAUCUUUGCUGUGAGGAGGGGUAAUUUGCGUCUUCCGUACCUGAUAAUCUUUGACAGGCAGAUAUAGUUGUAAGUAAAUAAUCCAGGUUUCUGUUGGUUUAAGUUCGGGUUUCUUUUGUUACGUCCCAUAAACUUUCAUCCAAGACGUGACCCGAGGAAGUUGUAGACACAACAAACGGUAUCUUUGCGAAUUUUUUUUCAGCUAUUUUCGUCAUCGUGUAUCAUUGUAUGGGUCUCCCUUCUCCAGGUCACAAAUGUUUUACGGUAAAUUGCAUGCCUGUUAUUUCUUCCGAUUAGCAUUGCUGUUCUGUUUUUAAUAGCCGCAGAUUUUUAGCACUUGAGAAUCCUUCAUUAAAUGGCAUUCGCGUUUAAAAUUCUGUUAUACACAAUAGAACGUAAUUUCUCUGACUUUCGCUUUGGUUCUUGCUUAGUGUUAGACAACAUACCUGGUCUGUAAGAAAAGCACCACUAAAAGGUAGAUAAAUAUUGGUCUGUUGUAAGCAAAACAGUGCAUUGUCUUUCUUUUCAAAUUGUCAAUUUAUAAUGUGAUCACUUUAGUGAAAGUAUGUUAGUUGUGAUAAGAUAGGAGGAGAGCAAAAUUCCUCAGGAGCGACAGAAGUUGUCAUUCCUAUACAUCGAAAUAUCAACUUCCUGAGUAACCGGACGUUCCCACGAUCCUUGCUUUGAAAGAAGUCUAUUUUGGCUAGAGUGAAACCACGCAUUGUAAAUUACUUUUCGGGAGUGUGGAGAGGGUUGUCUAGAUUUUUGAAUUUUGAAUUUUGAAUCACUCUUUUUCGUGAGCGUGGUCAAGUUAGGAGGGUUAUUGAUAACCUUUCCAUCAUUAAUCUGAUCUAGUUAUUGAAAGUUACUCAUCUAAAACUCUUCUCAAGCUGUUCUUAAAAGAAAGUUAUUUUUUAACGCUGUGGAUAAUUUUACGUAAUGUAUAUCGAUACGUAAACUGAACGAAAGUUUCUUUCAACUCGGUUUCCUUCUGACUUUGUCUCGUCGGGCGCCUUGUUGUGCAAAAGAGGUGCGAAGAUGCCGACAACGUAACCAGAUCAUCACUUAUCUUGCGGGCUUUUAUCAGGGAGACAGAACAUGGCAAGAUCCAAAAGUUGUCGGAUUGGGUUUCAAUUGACACUUUCCUCAAUUGUUAUGCUCAUCAACUGCGACAGGAUUUGAGAAUCUUUCGGUUGAUCAAAUCAUUCCCAGCUUGAACUCCAUUACAAGGAACCGAGUUCUCCUACAGAGCCUCUAAAAAUGAUCUUUCGGAUUGUAAUCUUGAGUGUCAUCUAGUCGGCUAUCUGUCCUAAAGACCGUUUGGGAAAUCUUCCGAAGGAAAGCUGCUUAUCCAUCAAGCCAUAGAAUGAAUCAGUAUUUCUUUCCGAUUACUGCUGCAUUCCUGCAUUUUCUGAUCUGGAUUUCGCCCAUUUCAUCUAGGGUAAGCUUUGCCACUUAUUGAUAGAUUAGCCCUACUAAACCUAAAGCUAUGUUUCUGAAACAACAAGUGGUACGGUAAAAUUUGUACAACAGAUACCUAUUGGAUUUUGCAAAUUAAAGGGGCAUCUACAGCUGUUCAAUAUUACAGUCUAAAAGGGUGUUCCGACUGCAUGGAUGUUUUAUGUAAUUUAAAUAGGGUUUUUCUUCUUACACCAUUCGAGGAGCUGUUCUUACGCAGGCAGGGAAGAUUAAGCUUUUAAUUAAAACCCGUAUGUGCCCACCCAGACAGAGGUUAUUUCUCAAACAGAUGCGAUAAUUUUCAUAUUCAUCGUUUACUUUCUUGCCAAAUUAGGGAAAGCUACGUUGUGCUUAUGUCUCUCAUUUAAGUUUUGAACUCUCCCCAUGGAGAUGAAUGGUUGUAAUUUUUUAUUAGUGAAGUAUGCGUGCUCCAUUCAAAGUGACCUUUCACCUGCUUGGUUCUGUCAGUUUAAUGAACUGAAUGGAAGAAAAAUCAGACUUUUUGCCAAAAUAUGUUUAUUUUGUAAAAUUAGCCAUCACUUCCUCUUUGCUAUGGCAUUCCAUUUUCCGUGUGCCCUAUGGAUCUCUUACGGACCCCUUCGUCUCUGUUUUAUGUAAAUAUUUUUGUACGCUCACAUAUCCUAUUUUCUUUUCGCAUUUUAUCAGUCUCUGAUUUUGCAAAGAACUUGAGCUUAUGCUCAAUGAUUGCCAUUUCGCAGAGGCCAAAAUAAACCCAGUAUUGUGACAUAAGCUUAUCUUACCACCCGACAGAGCCGACAUGUUGUUAAUGGGAAGUGCUCGUGCAUUAUCGUUUACAAUGUUGAGUGCCUUGUGACAUAUGACAGAGUAAUGAAAUAGUUUAGUAGACGACGCUUCGCUGUUCCUGGAGAAACCGUAUGCUACAACUAAAUGACAAGAUCAACAAUAAUUACGAGGAGUUCUAGUCUAUUUAAAGCAACAUCUGCUGAAGGCAACAUACACUCUGGUUUGAUGUAAUUUUUUAGUGGAUAUUUACAGGAGCCAAAUCUCUUUUUGGUCCCAAAUUGGAUAUAGAUCAAAUAUCAGUUUUCCAAGGCAAAAGCAAAGCCGGCAGCAUCAGUUUUCUUUCCAUCAGAGCCCGAAGGCUAUCCUUGAAACAACAAACUAAUCGUCUUGGGACCGUCUUCUUAACGAUGUUUUAUAAUAGGAUGAAAAUAUGCUGAUGCUUUAAGAUCUCAAACACGAAAGGUGACUUCAAUUGGCGUCAAAUGAUGAUUUUGAGAGCCAGGUGCUAACUGAUGGCUCAUAGUAGGUCAUAGUACUGUGUCAAGUACAACCGGAGUCUAAAGAGUAGAGAGAGGCGACUAUUUUAUGUUACAAGAUCGAUGACUGUUUGACUCUUAGCCGCGAAGAUAGACUGGUUCCUUAAUAUAAAUGAUCCUUAGUUUCUCAAGAUCCUACAAAGAUCAAUUGAUUCAUGUUUUUUUAGUAAUUUUAAUGUAGAGCCCAAGAUGUCACGCAAUAUAUUUCCCCCGAUCUCACUCUUACACAACCAACAAGGCGAUGACCACGCGGAAUGGUUUCGGCCACAUAUACAGCUACUUUUAUACACACGUGAUUUAGAGACAGCCCUCAAGUGGAUCGAUCACUUGAUGACAUCGUCUUACUUCAUCUCUAAGACGGGCUAAAUUUGGAACGCUCUCGAAUUUUAAAGUAACUUGUAUGUGUCGUAUGGCUCCACCAUUCUAUCAGAAAGAAGAAAAUCAGAGAAAAACAUAGGAACAUUUCCACUGCAGUUGUGGUGUCCUUGCUGAAGGUUUUUUUUGUAGAUUAAAGAAGUGAACUUAACACUGUCAUCAAGUUAUUUCCAAUUGUUUUGAACAGCAUAGUCAACAUUACAGAACAUUUAGAACAGCUAAAAUUCUAUCAGCUGUGGAUAGUUAAUGUCAAAUGAAAUAGCGCAAUAACCUGACUAAUGUUAGAUUGCAUAACCGACGUAUAAUCACCAUCUUUGCAGCGUAAUUUUGCUAGAAUUUAUAUAUAGCAAAAUGUCAAAUGCAAAGAUGGCGAUGAUGUAUUCAUGCAAUUAUUACUCACCUCCUGUCUCCAUAGAAACAUGUUGAAGGAAGAAAGUGCGACAGCUGUAAGCGAUCCUUCUUCAACUUGCAGUCGGACGAUCCUCAGGGAUGUGUGCCUUGUUUCUGUUUUGGAGUGUCUGCUGAUUGUAAAUGCGCUGAUUAUUAUAAAGACACAGUAAGUAAAUGACGACUGUUACCGUACCCAAAUUUGCAGUUACCCAAUCAAAAGCUAGAAAUUAAGAAUAUUUCUAACAUCACUGAAAGGCUUCCCACUCACUUUCGCUAUAAAGUAGCCGAAUGAGGCAUCUCGGAAAUAGCCUAUUGCUUUCAAAGUUUGAAGAUUAAAGUGAUCUUCGCAGUAAAGAACACUACUUAAGCUCUAGCUAAAAUAAAACCUAGGAAAAAUUCACGCUCGUACGGAAGUUGAACCCAUGACCUCUGCGACACCGGAGCAAAAUUCUCUUCCAACUGGGAGCUGGUCAUUUUGUUGGUUCGUAAUAAACCCUUGAUGUGAUGAAUAAAUGACUACGAUACCGAUGGCUUGUUAGCUCAGUUGGUAGAGCACUCCAUCUGAAAGCUGGUCAUUGUUUUGGUUCUUAAUAACCCCGUGUAGAGAUGAAUCAGGACGACUGUAAAUAUAUGAAUAACGUAUAUUUGAACUGCGGAUAAAAAACUGAAGAUGAGAGCGAUCUUCGCAGUAAUGAAGACUACUAGGCAGUAGUGAAAAUAAAACCUGGAGAAAAUUCAGGCUCGUCUCGGAGUCACACUCGUGACCUCCACGAUACCGGAGCUUAAAAGGUUGGCGUCAAAACUUCCACCUAUCAUUCAUGGUCUAUUUUAUAAUUCCCUCAAGAAGCCAUUUAAGAAAAGUCCCGUUUGAAAAAGGAGUUGAGAAUUAGGAAUAUUAAGCCUCUCAAAAGAUUGCCUCUCUCGAGGCGGUUUGUUUCAUACCCAAGGAAGAGAUGGUUCGGUGACAAUUUGAAAAAAUUUAAAACUGGCGAAAUCUUGAUGGAAAAUUCUUUCAGAAAACAAUUUUUUCGUACCUUAUUGCACCAAGCGUGGCAAAUGUUUUCAGUUCCUGUAAUUUGGUAAUGUCCUAAUAACACUUCAAAUUUGUAUUUCAGAUUCCCUUGCGUAUCGCUUUACUGGAUGGCCCAAACUACUUACGUCUCUCGGACUUAUCACGGGACUCAAUGAUAAAUUCUGGCUAUGAAAUAGAGGGUGAUCCGGGACAUUAUGUCUAUGACUUUGGCAAACCACCGGUAAUUACCUAUUACUGGUUUUUGGGAGAGGAAUUUAGAGGUGACAUGGUAAGUUCACUCUGCAGCUUCCUCGAGUCUCCUUUUCCGUGACUUGUUAGCGACGAAGGCGACCCACCUCUCUAAUUGUUUCAAAAGCUCGCUGUUCGCGUUCACUUGAUAAUGUGACAAUGCUUUUGUUUGACCUAGGGAAAUUCCUACAAUAAAAAUAUUAGGCAGAAUGUUUUGCAAUCCAUUUUCCGCCUCAAUAAAGUUUUUUACUGGUAAGUAUCAAAGGAAAAUUUACUGACUUCUUGAUUUGUUUAGAUCACAAGCUAUGACGGUAUAUUACGAUACACAGUGUCGCAUGAAAUGCAGCCAGGUGGUGAGCUGACUUCUGCAACUGACGUCCAAUUGAGGGUAUUAAUUGAAUUUUAAUACACCAAUUAGUGGUGCUGUCAUUCGGAACUUUAACACACCAAUUAGUGGUGUUGUCAAUCGGAACUCCGCAUGCUAUUGAUUCUUGAAAGCUGUGUAAGGUCACUUGACGUUUAACCUAAAUCGUUAUUCUCGAGCUUGUUUUGUUUGUCGGUCUAGUUUCGAAAAAUUUUAUGCUGGAAGUAUAUGUUUAUUGUCUUGCGCUUUUAGAAAAAUCAGGUUACCGUAGCUACUGGUGUAAUUUCAUGCGUUGUGCAGAAAUGUCAAACGUUUCUUGCGACAAUUAUUAUUGAAAAGUUUUCUCUUUUUGAGGGGGGGAGGGGCUGGUAGUGCUGCGUGAAAAGUUGCACUUACCGGCAAACAAAGAUAAGAAAGAAAUAACGAGAAAGAGAGAAAUUAAUUGGUCGAUAUAUUGCCAUUGUUAUGAAUUAUUUCUAAUAUGGGCCGCACAACUUCAACUCAGUAAAAAACUAUAGAAGAACACCCGCUACUUUUGAGUGCACUAUAGGGCUUCUUUUUCUAAUUCAUUUUAAUUUGCUUCGAUGAUGUUUUUUGCCAAUUUUUUGUUAACAGGGUAGAGGGAUAGUUCUAAUAUUUCAUCAUAGGAGAAGACUUAAGGCAGGGGAAAAAGAGACAUUCGGCCUCAAACUGUCAGAGGUGAGGAGUUACUAAAACUUCAUAUAGCAUUGUAUUCCAUUUUUCGACACUGAAGGCAAUCUGGUGUGUUCAGUUAUAUCCGAACGAACCAGUUGCUCUGAUUCAUCGGGUUUGUCAUCAAUUAAAAGUGUUUAAUGUUAAAGAUAUACUAUUUUGCCAACAACAACUAGGUAAAAACUAACCUCUUUCCUGUAUAAGUCAAAUAACUUGCUUUAUUAUAAAAAUUACAAUGUCCUCGAUUGUGAUGGGUUUAAACAACUCUCAUUUUCUACUACUUCACUCACCAAGUUCAUGGCUAAAAAUCAACUCCAGUACUUGGUGGCCAGUCGGACCAGUUUCCUUGAUUUCUUAGUGGCCCAUCCCAAAAUGAAGUAGCCCUCGAUUUCCUCUAGUUUAAAAUGAAAACUUGAAUAAACGCCCCAUGGCUUUUAACGGAGCGUUAACUAAAAGGAAAGAACACAAAAGUCCAGAGUCACGUGGCAAUCACAAAAUCAAAAUGGAGUCUAUACCUUGUGAAUGUGUAUCACUCGUGAAAUCACUGUUAAAACGGCUCGGAAUUUCCACUUCAGAACUAAAAAUUUACUAAAAUGGAUGAUCUUAGAGUCCAGGCAAAGAAACGAAGAGAAAGGUAGUCCAAUUGAAUUACAUAUUGAGUUUUAUUUUUAACUUUGUACUUCGCAUAAUUUAAAUUGCAACUUUUCGAAAUUCUGUAGCAUAGUCGCACAUCAGGCGUUCAAACCUUAACUUUUAGUGGUCCUGGUCAGGGCCUAUUAAGCCUAUCACAUUCAAAGUUGUAGUUUAAAUCAACCAAUCGUAUUCAAAGUUGUAGUUUGAAUCAACCAAUCACAACCAUGGUUUCAAUCACCAUAGAAACAGUGUAAAGACUCAUAAACUCCUAAAUUUCAGAACGACUUCAAACAAUUUAGGCCUCCUUUGUUAGUCUUUUUAUGAAAAUUUUCCCUUUCUUUCGGCUAUUCUUCUUUUCUCGGAAAUCAUAAUUUUUUUUUUUCACGAUUAAUUGUAAUAAGACUUCGUGUCAUCCAAUCCGGUCUGUAAUCAUACUCGUGAUAUACAGAUCGGACUUCCGCUGCACGGUCGUCCGAUUUUGUUACCACUCGUAUGAUAACAGACAGCAUUGGACUCCACUCAGUUCUAUUACCAUUACCAAUCAUGCAGGAUUGGCUGAGGUACCCGGAUAACGCAGAAACGACCAGAAAUACUGUGAUGACGGUUUUGUCCGCCGUGGAUAGCAUCUUAGUCCGUGCGACAUACAGUACAACUACUACAAAAGCUAGGUCAGAAUUUAAUUACUUUAACUACAAUAUAUCUCAUUUGAUUCUGCCACAAUAUGAUCACCUCUAAUUUUACACCAUCCAGUGUAAAAAUUCAUAUUUACAGUACUAAUAUGGCUCACAUUCAAUGUUUACAUUACUACUUAGUGCAACAAAGACUUACGGAACUAGGAUUGCAUGCAAUGUUAUGUAAAGGUUCUUUGGCGAUUUGUGUUAAAACUUUUUUUCUUCCUGUAUGUAACCUUGUAUUUAUGAUUUAAACCAGACCACUAACGUUAUCUUUAUUUUGUUUGCAUCAGUCUUUACGGAGUCAAAGUGGAGACAGCUGUCCCUCAAGUAACGAGAUUUAGAAAAGCUGAGAAAAUUGAACAAUGCAGAUGUCCACCAGAGUACACUGGAACAUCUUGUCAGGUAAUCUUGCAGGCUUACAAUAGGAUAUAGUUCUGUCGAAUCCUUUUGCUAAGCGUCAGAUAAUUCCAGCAAUCUUCGGUUGGAAGAACUUUGUAAGUAUUAUUUUGUUGUUUCGAAUUCUGAAGACGCAUUAUUAUUUGGUUUAGCUUCUUUCUGAUUUUUGAAAUGAAAUUCGGUCCUCGAUUUUUCAAACUUGUAUCGAAUAGUUUUCACCCCUCAGUGGAAGUUGAAAAGCGAGCUUUUACUUCGGAAUAUCUGUAGAGGGCUUUCCAUUAUAUUUUUAAGUGCAAUGGUAUAAUACGAAAACCUGGAAAAUGUCCUGUGAAAACGUUACGUAAAUCCUUCCCCAUGAACACGAUGAAGUGCGGUCAUAAGUUCAUGACAGUUUUUUGGUUUCAUAUCAUUUUAUAGCGUUGUGCUCGUGGAUACACACGGACUUACCCAGGCCCGGAUUUCUCCCCUUGUGUUCCAUGUUCCUGUAAUCAACACUCAAAAGAAUGUGAUCCAGAGACAGGACAAUGUGUAGUGAGUAAAUACUACAAAAGGGACUGGGAAUUACGUGAAACUGCAAGGCCCCAAUUUUACUCCUGUACAUGCAUAUUCUAAUAUGAAACAACAGAUCGGGGAGAGGUUUAUUCUUACAACUGCAAAGGCUAUAAAUAUUUUCAUAAGAUCAGUAUGAACUGAGGAGGAAGUCCAAACCCUCAGUGCACUAAUUAGUGCACAAACCUCUCGGCCGUCAUUUCUCAUUUGAUCAUGUAUGAUUGAUAACUGUUAGAGCUAGUGUAGCAAGAAGGGGAUUUGUAUAUCUCAAAAUUAUUUUUUGUCAGAAAUGUGAUCACAAUACCGCAGGCUCCAGGUGUGAGACAUGUGCAAUUGGUUUCUAUGGCGACGCGACUAAAGGCACGCCUCAAGAUUGUCAACCGUGUUCAUGCCCUUUAACAGUCUCUUCGAAUCAGUGAGUAAAUAAGUGAAUUUUAAAAAGAUUGGUUCCGGUUAUAUGCUUUUUUCAUAGCUGAUUUGCUCUUUUAAACAGGUUCAGCAAGACCUGCAAGAUAGAAUCAGAUGGUCUACCUGCCUGCACUGGCUGUCAAACUGGUUAUACAGGAAGAACAUGUAAUAGGUAAAGUCGUCUUAACCGCAAACGUUUCAGUUACACUUUUGAAAUCAACUUGCUUCGUUGAAACUACGUUGUUGUUACAUGAAAACCACGGUGUGAAAUGCAUGAUUAUGCAGAUGGUUUUCUAGUGAUGUUGACAUAGCAGACUUCGUUUUUACUUUGUGUUGUGAUUGUUGUAAUAUCAAGUUUAUGCUGUUUAGAUGUGCAAAGGGAUAUUCUGGGGAUCCCAACAAACCUGGCAGAAAGUGUAUCAAGCUACCAGGUGAGAUAAAUUGAAUCCAUCGUUGUAAUUUAGAUGCUACGCAUGAGUUCAUUGUAAACAAGAAUACAAUGGACUGAUUGCUCUCAUUUUUGGGUUUAAAAAUUGUAAUGGAAACUUCUGACUGGACGAGAAAUUUCCUUUAAGGUGAAGGUAUCUGCGUGGUAAUUUCUGCUCAGAGUAUGAUUAAGAAUUAGUAUGCUUCUCAAGAAAAAUGAUAUGUACCUCACUUGGAAAGCUUUUGAUUGUCUCUGUCAGCAACUUUCUAUUGCUUGCUUCCGUAGUAACAAGGUGGAUAUUCCUUGAAAUCUCGGUUUAGAUAAAUACCUAAACAAUGAACAUUAAAUGUCCCUUAGAUCAAAUAAUGACAGUUUGCCGGACCAUUCUUUUUUUUUAAGCGGAAUUCUUACCAAGUGUUAUGAUCAGGCCAAUGAAAAGAACAAAGACAGAGGGAGAUGAUGUUAGGUUUUACUGCUUUGCCAAGGCAAAGCAACAACCACUAAUAAGUUGGUCUCGAGGAAAUGGAAAGACCUUACCCAGCAGGGCUGUUGUGUCUGGAAAAAUUCUGUUAAUUAGUAAAAUAAGGAAAGAAGACGAGGGUGACUACGAGUGUACUGCGAGAAACAUAUAUGGCUCCGAAACUGGUUCAACACAGCUGAGAGUACAAGGUUAGAUACUUAAAUUAUUUUUUAUGAGAGCCUAGAAUGGAAGGAUAUUGUUGAGAGGAACCGUUUGUAUAUGAAAUCGCAUGGGCCCGGAUUAAUUUCACGCGUAUUAUUAACGUUUUCCCAAAAUGUUUGAGGGAAUCGCAUUCGCACACGAUAUCCGCGCGACUAAGCCCUUUCAAUGCCGCCACAAAAGUCAAAACAAACAUAGCUGACCAAUAGAUUCAACGUACAUUUUAUUCUCAAAAAACAGUUAACAACGUUACACGGCUUCAUCCAGUCAAGUUGCAAAAAGGCUCAAUCAGUAUCAAGUAAUCAUGCCCUCUUGAUUACUAAAGGUGUCCUUGUGAUCAAGAAAAAUUUCCCUCUGUUUCAGUCAAUCAGCAUUCAGUAAUAUUGCCCAGCAUGUGAUUUAUGACGAAGUAACGAGUUCACUUUAGGGUUGAUCUCCUCGCGAUUCCUUUUCUCAUUACAACUCUUUUGUUGAGUAUCGAAGUGGCUUCUUGUUUUUCAUCAAAAUGUAAUGAAAGUGAUUUUUACAUAGCCCUUUUAGCAUUCAUCUGUUAAUGUCUUCUAUGUGAGCGUCAACCCUGUUGAAAAUACAAAGUAACCAUUACUUGAUCGUUGUUCUAAAUGUUAGGGAAGAUGGUUAUAUUUACCUUUCACUGACAACCUUUAUUGUGUCCUUAAAUUAGCUCGCCGUGUGGAUCCCAUAAGCGUAACAGUUUCACCAAAAGUCCUUCAUGUUCUUUUGGACCAAAAAGCGCAGUUCACGUGCAGAGCAAAAAGUGUGACCGAGUACACUUUGCAAUGGACUCAGGGCGUGAAUGGAGCACUUCCCAAAGGGGCCGAGAAUGAAAAUGGUGUUUUGACGAUCGAACAUGCCCGGGCCAUCCAUGGAGGAUCGUACACAUGCACCGGUAAAAAUGCCAACAACGAAGAUAUGGUGACGGUACAGCUGAGAAUAGGAGGUAAGGGUGAUCCACUUGGUUGCAUGACUUCGGAUAUUUUGUAGUCUGUAUGAAACUACUUCGUUUUUCUUUUUCAGUGACAAAGCCUCAGGUCCUCAUAAGCCCUGCCAGUUUGAGUGUGCAAGAGGGAGACUCCGCUCAAUUUCGUUGCUCUGCGUCGGGUUUUCCAGCUCCUGAACUUCAGUGGCAUGGUGGUCCUGGCGGUGAAUUGCCACCGGAAGCGAGUACAGCCAAUGGUAACGGGCUUUUGAUAUUUGAUGCCGUGAAAAAAAUUCACGAAGGAGAAUACUUUUGUACAGCUUCCAAUUUGGGAGGGAUCUCCAGCACUGGAACAUUCCUGAAUGUCUCAGGUAUGACGGCAUUUUCAACUAGAUUAGAUUCCAUUUUCCCACUGUGACAGUUCCUCUUUACCUUUUUUUUUUUUUUGGUAUUUUCGUAGCUCCUGGUACUGCCCCUAUCAUUUCGGUCGAGCCCAGUUCGCUGACUGUUUUGGAAGGUGAAGAAGCCUCGUUCCAGUGCUCGGCGAUAGGGGACCCAAAACCCACAAUUCGAUGGUCACGUGAGAAGGGCCAGCUUCCUCCGUCCUCUACCUCUUCAAAUGGUUUUCUACGCAUUUUCCCCACAAAGCUUGAAGACGGAGGUGAUUACGUUUGUACAGCGGCUAAUACAAUUGGAGUGGAUGGAUAUUUGGUGACUCUCACUGUGGAGAGAGGUAAAGUGAUUACCACCAGGAUUAGCCUGUGAUGCUGCCUUUUUUAAAAAGAGGUAGAUGCGUGAGCUAAACAGAGUCGCACAAAGGCAUAUAGCGAGAGAUAGUGAAAAAAAUUAAGAGUCCUACACAGUUCCUUACAUGAUCCCUGAACCGCGACUGAUUCCAGACUGCAAAGGAUUCCCAAACUGAAGCAUAUAAUACCAGUCCAUAAUUCAAAUAUAACAAAUAUACGUUGAAAACAGAUACUACAGACUUGUUUUUUACUCGAGUCAGUUAUGAUUUAAGACAGUUUUUUUUCUAAUGAUUUGUCGACGGGAAAGCCGAGAAGACCAGCAAAUGACGUUCAGAAAAGUACGCAGGUAAAAUAAGGAAAUGAGUAAGUCAAUUUGUGCUGUCCGAUCUGUGUUGUACCAAGUUAAGUCUAAUUAAAGAGAAACAUUUACCGAAAACCAACUGAUUGGUCAUUGGAAGCGACGAAUGGCGGAGAAUUCUUCGAAGUCGAAAAAUUCUUUUAGCAGACAAUAUUGUACCAACCAUUUUUGUGAACCUUAUCAUGCUUAUCUGGCCAAAAAGCCGCCAUGUUUACCACAAGUCAAGAAGUUGUUUCCAGUCCUCUCAUGUUUAGUUCGGGUAACUUAAGUUGAUCUUCCCGCCACUUUUUACGUGUACGGUUACCAGUAAUUCACCGGUCAUUCCGUCUGACGGAAUCGGGGUCUCGAAUAACAUUAAAGCGAUUCUAUUUAGCCUCCUUAAAAGACAACUUGUUAAAAGAUAAAGAUUGACGCUCACUCAAGUCACACGUAGUCUCAAGGUUUUAUCUUUUUUUAGAUACCUCCGUCCCUCCAACUGCGUUGGUGUCACCGGCAAAUCAAACUGUCCUUGAAGGUUCAUCCACCAGCUUAUCAUGCCAAGUGACAGGAGAUCCUUAUCCCUCCCUACAGUGGAGGAAAGUUGGUGGCGAGUUACCGGACAACCACUCCAUUAUUGGUGGAUUAUUGGUGAUCUCAGAAAUAACAAAAGAGGAUGAGGGCAUGUACCUAUGCUUGGCUCAAAACAAGAAAGGUGUCAAACAAGUAACGGCUUUUAUUAACGUCAGAAGUAAGUAAACAGCUCAACAAUUGAUCUUGGUGUUGGGAAGUAACUCUGAACCUCCCGUUUAGAUAUUUCGAAAUAUAUAUUUAUCGAGUUAUGACAACCUAAGCAUUACUCGAUAUCAAUAAUGGGACGUCAAAGAGCUUAGUAUUUGUUUUGCAAUUAAGAAAGGAAGGUUAUGUCAGGUCAGGUGACCUGUAGUUAUUUUUUCUUUGCCGGUAUGAUGCGACCAAACAUUGCUCAGGUUAGGUUACAAGUGAUUAAGCAUUUUUCUAAUGUUGUUCGUUCAUAGAAUUGCUCUAUUGAUGGUACCACAACUCUCUUGAUGGAAUAAAUUAUAUCUGUUUUCUGUUUUCCAUAAACUUAUCCUAACGACGCCUUUUUUUUCUGAACAACUGAUUAAGGCGCGGCGCUAAUGGUUUGUCAUAUUUACUUCAGGUAAAGUGUUGCCAAAGAUAGAAAUCAUGCCGGCGAGAAGGUUAACCGUCAGUGGAGGAGAAACAGUAAUUUUCAGGUGUGUUGUUAAAGCUGGUAAUCCUCCCCCUGCGGUGGUGUGGGAAACAGAAGAGAGUCAACCGUUGAACAGUAGCGAUGAUGGAGUGUUGGUGAUCUCUCCAGCAAACGGUAACAGUCAGGGAAAGUACAUUUGCAAGGCCACAAAUGUAAUGGGAUCUACUGAAGCUGUUGCUCUGCUGAUUGUUCAAGGUAAUCAGUGUUAAUAUGGAUCAUUGCUAUCCUUUCAGUCUCGUAAGCAAAGGGAAAGGUUUGGCUGGAACUGAAUACUUUCCAUAUUAGGUGGAUGCGAUAUGUCGCAUAUGUUAUAACAUGCAGUUAUCGACGUCUGCAUUUUUUCACUUUCAGGUGAACCCAAUAUCAUCACGACUCCUUCCAGUCCUGUUUCUGCGACAACUGGUAAUACAGUCACCCUGGAAUGCGCAGCCGCUGGAGACCCCCCUCCGUCGGUUGAGUGGAUAAGUCCAGAGAGCUCUCGAUCCAGUCUCCAAAUAGUAGAAACUAGGAUGGGUGUAUUAAAACUCACCAUCGAAGACGUAAGAUUGGAAGACCAGGGAAAUUACACCUGCCAGGCGACAAACAUCGUGGGAAUUAGAAGAGAAAGUCUCCAGUUGCUAGGUAAAUAUCUAACGUAGGUGUGGAUGGUUUAUUCUUUACAGGCUACAAAUUUCUUACAAUGCAUAAAAAUUUUCAAACUACGUUUCUAUUUAGUUACUGUGGCCAACGAACCUCCAGAAGUUGUCGUGGAAACUUUGUACGAAUCAGUUAUCGAGGGUUACAAGAUUGUGCUCCGCUGUAACUCGUCGGGUGUACCAACGCCAAGUAUCACUUGGGAAAGAGUAGGCUCUAAUUUACCCAGUGGUGCCUUGAAUAGAAAUGGAAAUCUGACCAUCCCAUCUGUUGCCAGACGAGAUGCUGGAAUAUAUGCAUGUAAGGCUGUGAAUGUUGAAGGAGAAGACGUCGUUAACGUUCAGUUGGAGGUGAUAGGUAAGCAGAUUCCAUUCAACCUUAAGGGAAAAAAAGAUCAUCUACCAGAUUUAAAGGAAUAUUUACUUAAAAUAUUUUUUUAACUUUAUUCUCGCGUCGGCGGAGAUAAAUAAUUGCUUGGGCACUGACUAAGGAUUAAUCUAUCCCCAUCGAUAGUUUCAUCUACUAUAACGUCUAAGGAGAAAGCAGAGACAGCUUCCUGGAUACACGAGAAUCCCAACAGACACGCAAGGAUGUAACUCAGCUCAACUACUAAUAAUUUAGAAGUCAAACCCAAUUUCUCAAAUCCCAGUUAAUUCGCCUAGACGUGGGGGUUGCUCCUCUAGUUAUGUGACAAACUUAGCACUACCUUUUCUUUUCAACCGAUUGCAGCCCCACCUCAAGUAGAAGUGACACCUUCCCAGAGAGCGGUAAUUCAAGGAGAUUCUCUGAGCUUGUUUUGCGUUGCCACACCAUUAAUUCCGGUUAUAUGGUCAAAAAUAAACGGAAGUAUAACUGGCGAAAGUGAAGUAGACAAGGGAAAACUGACCAUUAAGAAUGCGAGUGUGGAACACGCAGGGAAGUACCGUUGUCAAGCCUUCAAUGCUGCAGGUUCCGAUGAAGAUUUUGCAAUCGUAACAGUAGUCGGUGAGAUACCAUUUUGGUUCUCUGUUUUAGGAAUAUUACUUCACGGUUAUGGUUUUCCAGAUCAAAUAUUCACCCGUCUUUUUUCUUGACUUUUUUGAGGCAGAUCGAUUUCAUCUGUUCCGAUGUUCACAGAGAUGAUGAAUUAAUCUUUUGAGAAGAAAUAUUCUUCCAUAAAUUUCCAGAUACUGGAGCGAAAACGAAAGAGUGAUAAUAAAUAUUAUUAAUAAUAGCGCAGGUAAAUUUGAGAAGCAAAAUCGAAAAUAUUCUUUUUUCUUUUCAGAAUUGUAGAAAAGGUGAUGUCAAAGCGCCCUGAAACGGCAUGUAAUCUGGGUUCUUGAGGCUCCUGGAUAUCGUUCUAGGCAAAACACUCAUUAACCAUUAAAGCAGUGUAAUAUAAAGCAAACAGAGAGUUUUCCAUUGAGUUCGCUACAUCAGUGGGUGGCAAUGUAAUGGCGCCCGGGAACUUUAAGAGAGUUCACUCUCUAUGGAUUUUCCAUUAUCAAACUUUUAAAAGAGGGUUUAAAAGUAGAGAACUUAAAACAAUAUAAAUUCAAAUCCAUUUAAUGACUGAGUGCAAGAUUCAUACAUUCUCUUAUAGCUUUUUUACAUUCUUCCUAGUUCGACCAACAGUAACUGUCUCGACAGAGUCCAUGGUAGCCUCACCGAAUUCCAAUGUUACUUUCCGAUGCGACGCUUCUGGUAUACCAGAACCUGUGAUCACGUGGACAAAAGAAGGCAUGAGUCUUCCACGGAGACACUCAUCUUUGCGUAAUAAGUUGACGCUGACUCGUAUUGUGAGUUCAGAUGAAGGUCGCUAUAUUUGUACAGCUACCAAUGCCGCAGGGUAUUCACAAAAAGUUGUAUAUCUCUCAGUUGAAGGUUUGUACGCGUCGUUUGGUGUCAAUUUAAAAACUACUCUUGCUGAAUUGGGAAUUAUGAAGCCCUUAUUUCACCUCAGAUCCCAUAUUGCCCCAUAGUAUGGCACCACUACCGCUCUUCCGAUGACAGAAAAGUGGAGAGGCUGCAAGAGCGGGCAUAAGAGGCCAUUUGCUGUGAUCCGAGUAGCUCGUACGAAGAACUAUAUAGAAAGCUAAUUUUUUAUCUUUGCUUGACCGCAGACUCCAAGACAUUGCCUUAUCAAUGUUUAACGCCAAAAAUAACUUAGUUCCAACAUAUUUAGCAAACCUAUUAAGUUAUAAUAUGGGCACGUAUAACUCCAGGAAUCAAGACGACUUUCUCUUGCCAAGAUACAACGCCAUUACGUUUAGGAGACACUUUUUUAAGAUAUAAGGGCUUGGUAUAAGCUCCCAAAGUCGACUAAAAUGACUGAGACCUCAGGGACCGGUUAUCUACCCAAGGUCUAACUCAAACUACGGUUUUGCGUAAUCAGUGGGCCUCAGACUUUCUUUCUAAGAGCGUUGACUUAGGGAAAUAAAUUUCCUUCCAGUGUUAGCUUUCAGCCCUCUUGACACAAUUCACAAAAGUAAAUGUUCAGAUAAAAGGUCCAGCUAUAUUGAGGAUGUUUAGGACUCGCUUUUUUUAAACAAUGGCUGAACUUUGUUUUGAUGACCGGCCCUGAAUGUUUUUAAAGUGAGAAAGCUAGACCUCACAAUCAUUUUCAGAAUUAAAUAUAAGGAUUCUUAUCUAUGUAAUAAUUAGUUCUUACUUCACAUUUUUCUUUGAAAAUUCAUAUUGAAAUUGUGUGCAGAGAUAAUUAGUAGAUCCUGUUAAUGGCCGGGAGAGUCUUUUGUCUAUUGAUAGUUGUAUUUUUACAAUGACUCUAGAUAGGUGUCCUCGGUUAUUUUCCGUAAUGAAACCAGAACGUAAGAUAUGUUAAUAAAGUUAUUAUUAUUAUUAUUAUUAUUAUUGUUAUGUUUAUUAUUACGUUAAUUUCUUCAAAUGACAGCUGCUUCAGGAUUUGUAUGUUAUCGUUUCAAACGCUUUCAGGUCUAAAAGACUGCAGUGACACACAAAUGAAUUCGAAACCUUGUUAAUUUAUAGAUUUCCCCACUGGAACUAUAACGGGUGGAUCCUCUGUAACAACUGUAGCUGUCGGUGGUUCCCUUACUCUCGAGUGUCAAGGAACAGGAAUCCCAGAACCGGAGAUCAUGUGGUCACGUGUUGACGGUCCUUUGCCCAAUGGAGUAACUACAGAUGGUGGACUUCUUAAUAUUGUAAACGCUCAACUUCACCAUGGAGGACCCUAUGUUUGUAAUGUCACCAACAAAGUAGGCUCUGUGCAAUCCGAAAUUGUUGUUUUAGUACAAGGUUCGUAUAUUUUAUUGAAAUAUAUCACGCUAUUAUUAUGCAGCAACAGAAACCGCAGCAAAAAUGACAUCAUUGAUUUGUUUUCUCUGAGAUUUACUGCAUAGUGGUAACACCACCAUCAACUAUUCUGAUAAUUAUGAGGUUUUUAAAACAGUUGACUCAAAAGAUGAAUGUUUAGGCGACCAUCAAAAAUUUAGUAUCAGGGAUCUAAAAAUGAGCGCAGACCACUCGUUAUUGCCAAAGAAUAUCGCGCAAGAAUACACAAGGUUGCAAACAUCCAUUCCCAGCUGCACAUCACAUUUGAAUUUACCUUUCAGAGGCACCUAAAGUGACGGUUACGCCCCAAAAAUCACGGGUAAAGCUUGGGGAGACAGGGGAAUUUACUUGCAUUGCCAGUGGCUCACCAUUACCCAAGCUAACAUGGCGAAAAUUGAAUGGUUCAGUUCCGAUUUAUGCCACAGUAAGUGAUGGAGUACUUAGAAUUCCUAAUGUAACCCACCAAGAUGCUGGGAUAUAUUUCUGUGACGCUUCCAAUGUCGAAGGAUCAGCACAAGGAAAUACAACUCUUGAGAUAAAAGGUAUUACUUGAAAACAAGUAAUGGUGUUCUCAAGUUUUUAUUUGUUUGUUUUUGUACUGAACAAAGUAGAUAUAGAGUCAAUUUAAAACUAGCAAAGUAUCACUCCGGACAGAUACUGGUCAACAACUCGUAAAACUCGAAGAUUUCAUUAAGGUUUAAAAAAAAAGUAAUGGAUUUCAGUCCUCGAAUAAUUGGCUUGUCGCAAAAGAUUUCUACUGACGGGCUGUAUUCUUCGUCCGUAGUGACCGUGCCCCGUUUUACUCAGAGGCCACUAUCAUACCUCAGCGUACCAACAUUAACUAAAGAGCCGCUUCAUUUUACGGUGGAGAUUGUGUUUACACCAGAGAUGGCAGACGGCCUCAUAUUUUACAACGAUCAGUUUACCAACGAUUCUGUAGGAGACUUUAUAUCAUUUGGAAUGUCGAAUGGAUUUGCUGAGUUUAGGUUAGUGGCAAUUACACGGUUCUGUAGUGAUUUUCGAUUGCGUGUCGUUGGCACCAAAAAAAAGUUAUCAAAGGGGCCCAUCGGAAGGAAGAAUCGGUAAGAACUGAACUGAAAGGAACUGAGGUGAACGGUCCCUUUGCCGGUGGCGCGAAUUUUCUCCACCAAUCAUAUACUGCAGUAUCGCUAAAACAGUUCAAUCCCAAAUCAUGUUUGGCACAUUGCUAUCGAGACGUUUGACUGGAUAUAGCGCCCAUCCAUCUCCUGUCUUGACUCCUGUCUAACACAUUUUUCUUGCAAUCAAAUUUUCUCUUACCGGUAGGUUCAACCUUGGCUUCGAGCCUGCCAUCAUAAGAAGCCACCAACCUCUGCGUCUUUACGAGUGGCAUUCAGUCAUUCUAUCACGUAACGGGAAGGUUGGAAAUCUGACUGUUGAUAGCAAGUCACCUGUUACAGGAAUUUCCAAGGGAGGUAGUACAGGACUGAACUUAAACCAAGAUUUAUACAUCGGGGGAGUCCCUGAUUUUUUGUCGAUAAGUACGCUGGCAGGCUUCAAGUCUGGGUUCAUUGGCUGUUUAAGCUACUUGAUGGUUGAUGGAAACGUUGUAAAUCUUGGUGAGCGAGUAAAGUUCAUUCGCUAUUUAAUUCUCCUUCUGUCUGUCAAGCAACUUAGUCUCCAAAAUUGCCUUAAACGAAAGGAAAUGGCACACAGUGUCUUCCCACCUCACAGAAAAGUGUGCUGUUUUUUAUUUGGUUUGUGUUUUUUCUUCAUCGAUUUUUCAGGGAAAUUGGUAAUGUAAAAUAAACUUUGAGAUAUGUCCAGAAAUGAUUGAAGUAACCACGAUGGCGAAAAUUCGUCCAUCCCGCCAAGCUGAUUUCGCUUUGACGAAUUUGACAAAAAUUCGCCAAAAUCGUCAAUUCCAUGAACAUUUACUCGGUUUGACAAAGUUUCGUCAAAUUUGCCAUUUUCGUUACUACGUGCAUUUCUGGACACAAGUGAAGAUAAGGUUGUUUAUCCCCUUUUAAACUGAUUUCUCGGUAGGAUAUCAAAAAAAUUUUAAUCUAAUCCUACAGAUUAAGGAGUAACAUGAAAUUCUGUUUCAUAAAAAAACCUGUUCUUAAUUGUACUUAUGGACUUCAUCACUCGCUUUCAUUUUUUUCAAUAUGUUUGCAAACGGAGUUCAUUGAUGUGUACUUGUACUGUUUGAUGUAACCGAUCAACCUUAAAUGUCAUUUUCAUAGGAGAUCCCAUUGACCAUAUGGGCUUGGAAGAUUGUAACGUUUGCGAGACAAGGCCUUGCAACAACGGUGGCACAUGUGAAGAGGUUCCGGGAGCCUGGGGCUUUGUCUGCAGUUGUAGGCCCGGCUAUUCAGGAAGAACUUGUCAAGAUGCUGGACAGCAGUGUUCUCCCGGAGUUUGCAAUGAAGGCCGUUGUGAGAAUAUCGGCGACGAAGGUUUUAAGUGUAUAUGUCCAGCAGGUUACUCAGGGGAGAGAUGCGAGGAAGGUUUGUUGGUGCUUAGAAAUUGUAAAACGGGGUAAUCCAUGACAUAAAAUAACUUCUUAUACCGAGCGGUAUUCCUAACCGUGGUAGCACAAAUGCGUGGAACAGGAAGCUCUAUUUGAUAUUCCUGUUUCCAACGAACGCUUGUUCUUGAUCCCCACCACUUUAUUUUUCGAGGAUUAUUGUGUUAUAUUCUGUAGCUCAACCUUUAGUAUCGUUAGAUAUCACCUUUUGGUGCGAAAGGGUAAAAAGAUAUUUCCAGUGUCCCCAAUAAUUGUCGACCCUAUGAAGUUAUAUUGCAUCGAGUGCUCUUUAAUGAGACCCUUUUCACCACUGGUACUAGUCAGCUAUUUCUGACCACGUGUACGCACCCUCGCCUUUUAACUCUUAUAAAAACUUUGAACAGUAACAUAACGUCUGAAAUGAAAGAAAAGCCUAACAUGCUGAAAGGAUUGAUUGAUUUCAAAGUAUGGCUUGUUAUUCUCCUUAUGAAGUUUAUCUUUUUUCACUUUUUGCAGGAGCUCUCAUAGAGACGCCUAUGUUCGAUGGGCAUUCCUUUAUGUCAUUUCCGGGAAUCGAAGGCGCUCUCCAACAAUUAAAACUUGUAAUCAGAUUCAUGAUUCAUAAAUCAGGAAACAUGCUUCUGUUAUACAAUGGUCAGAGGCAGUUCCCUCAGCGUGGAGACUUCAUUUCUUUGGCCAUUAUUGGUGGAAAAGUUGAGUUUAGGUUUGAUUUGGGAAGUGGUCCUGGAAUUGUGCGAAGCGCAAGAAAUAUUACUGUUGGACAAUGGCACACAGUUCACCUGGAACGUACGCUGGAUGAAGGCUCGCUAACACUUGACAACGAUCCACCUGUAACAGACGACUCCCCAUGCUGCACAAAGGGGUUGAAUCUUGCAUUAAACUUAUUCAUAGGAGGCGUCGAGAACUUCGCAGUGAUAGACACACGUAAAGUUGGCGUCGGCUCCGGACUAGUUGGUUGUAUAUCUGCCAUGUCUGUAGAUGGCAGAGAGAUAAACUUGAUAAAGUCAAACCUUGAACUGCGUAAUAUCACGCAGUGUACAGAAUGUUUUUUACCCUGUGAAAUAGAACCCUGUCUAAACAAUGCCACGUGUCUACCAAUUGGUAAGAUUAGUUACAGUUGUUCGUGUGCUCAGGGGUACACUGGACGACACUGCGAGGUUCCUUUGGUUGGACCACUGAGGAACAAUACUUGUCUCAAUAACGGUGUACUCCUAUCCACCUCGGAUAGCAUAUGUUCCUGUCCGUUAGGCUUUAGAGGAGAUAGAUGCGAGAAUGGUAAGCGUUUAUUAAGAGGCAGCGCUAAUUUGCUUUGGACGACACUAGUCCGUGAAGAAAAGUGUCCACAUAAAUAUUUUCACCAACCUUUUGUUACAGAACACAUAUGAGGCCACCGCCUCAGUUAUCGGAACCACUUUGCCAUUAUGUCUUCACUCAUAUACAGCAUUUUGGACUAACCACAAUUUCCAUCCAUAUGUUUACAUUUCGCAUUUACAUGAUAAUAUAAUUUUAGUAAACUUAUUUUCUCAAUCUUCUUUUUUCAUGUGCGUCGUCUUAGUCAUUAAGCAUGAAGCAAUUUGUGUUCCAUUGUAGUUGUUCAACUCGGUGACAGUGCAGCCUUUAACGGAAAUGGCUACUUACAGUUUCCAAGCUCUACGAUGCGAGGACCUAGGUAAGACUUGGAAUUUUCCUUUCCUUAGUGUGCAUUUCCAAGAGGUUAAAACGAGAACUUUUGUGCUGUUUGAAGAAGGAAUUGUUCGACUUUUUUUCGUUAUUUAUAGGGUAGUAAAACCAGAUUACAUGUCAUUAGAGAUAAAAACCAACGCCGAGAAUGGAGUCAUCAUAUGGCAAGGCCAGGUUAGUGUUGAUUAUUUUUAUUCAAGAAAAAUAGCUCUCACAGAUAUCACGAAAGGUAACAAAUCUUUCCCAUUCUAAAAGGACACUAAACCGGUUAAUUUUCCAUCUUUCUCAUAGAGAGGAGAUCACUUCGCAAUUGGCUUAAGAGAAGGUCGCUUGGAGUUCAGGUCAGUCUAGCUUGUGCCUUUCUUUCACUCUGUGAACAUGAAAGUAUGAAUGAUGGGAAAGCAAAGUACGUUGUGAGAACUUAAAUCUCGAGAUUGGUACUUAAUGUUUUCACUUGUACAGUUAAAGGUGGCUACUAAUGCUUUAUUUUUCUAAUCAGAUUCGAGCUUGGCUCUGGCCCUGCUAUUCUCAGAUCCUCGUUACCAGUCAACGACGGGGAGUGGCACUCAAUCGAGGUUUUCAGGUAAGGAAGCCUGCGCAUCGGAUUAAUUAUAGCUAUACAGGAGGAAGUGUGUCCUUUCCUCGUAAAGUCGUUGGCUGAGGGUUAGCAGUAGGAUCACUCGAGUCCUAGACUGACGCACAAGCAUAAGGCCGCUUCGAACCCUUCUGUAAGGGGAAAAGGGGCUGAUUUCUCUUCUUGCACGGUUUUUAGGAGUUACAUGGAGGGCUCCUUAAUAGUGGAUGAUCAAGAACCUGUCAAUGGUACAUCUGUCGUAGGAAGUAGGGGACUGAAUAUCCAGGGGUCUAUAUUAGUAGGUGAGUAGCUUUAUUAAGAAGAGUUGACUUGACCAUCAGGGAAGUAGUUCUAGUUUUAAAGAGAGCCCAAGCAGACUGUCGACCGCACUAGGCAUCCCACAUUUGUUGUACUCCACAAAACCUUCGGUGGCUUCAUUAAUUUCAAGAAGUGCAGAAAGACAAGAGGUCAUAAAAGGCGAUCAUCAGUCUCGUUGAGAAGAUUUACCAAGAUAUUCACGAAAUAAAAGAGGGAAAAGGGCAAAAGCGGGAUCUUACGCUAGGGUCUGAAUUUCAUGUGGGGUAAUGUCACGUUCUUUUGUAAUUAUCAAUUCUUACUUUUCCGACCAAAAGGGGUCACAUGUACUCUCAAGAGAAGGUCAUAAAAGGCGAUCACGAGUCUCGUUGAGAAGAUUUACCAAGAUAUUUGCGAAAUAAAAGAGGAAAAAGGGCGAAAGUGGGAUCUUACGCUAAAGUCUGAAUUUCAUGUGGGGUAAUGUCACGUUCUUUUGUAAUUAUCAAUUCUUACUUUUCCGACGAAAAGGGGUCACAUGUACUCUCAGACCCUCAAUUAAGAAGAGUAGAACUAGUGUUUUUCUUAUCACUACUUCAUUUGAAACAUCUUAUGACAGGAGGAGGUGAAAACAUCGCGGAAAUGACUUUCAACAAAUACGAUACCGGCUUCCUAGGCUGUCUAAGGAACGUUUACUUCAAGACCAGGAAAAUUAAACUUCAAGCUGACGCUUCUGGCGGCUGGAACGUUAUUCCUUGUGAUGGCUAGCUCUCUAAGAUCUAAUAUGAUACGACUAACAUCGCAUAUUACAGAAAUUCUUUGAACUAAGCCGCUGUUGGGUUGUUUUUCAUUCUGGAAGAUGGAUGGUGAACUUCAACGCUUUUUUCGCGUUUCAGUUUGUCCAGCCAUGCAAGCUUUAUGAGCGAUGCCUAACAUGUCAAAUUAUUCACUGCUAACUUAACAAUGUUUUAGACCAGGCGUUUGAACUGAGGAAAAUCGUGUCAUCUUCUGAACUUUCCUCGAUCCAUUUGGAGAAUAUGAAGUGUUGAUGGAAGUCCUUGGUGGGAUGAACACACUGGCUGAAGGCACAGUUCAUUAUUUGUCUUGCUGAUUAUACACGUUUGCCUCUACGCUUCAGCCAGAAGUUGAUUCGUUUUCUGAAGAGGGGUCGUGGUUUGCUAGAUCCACUGAUGGAGAGUUCUGUGAACAAACUUUUUAACGAGUUCCUCCUGAAUUUUCUAUAAAUAACUUAACUUUAAGAGUCUAUCUAUAUAUUCAUAUAGAAAGCUUGAUAUGAACAAAUUAUUUGCCCUCUUUUUCUUCAACCACAAUAUAUCACAAGAUUUGCAACCUACCUGUUGGGGCGCUGCGUGACACAGUCGUGAUCUAGCAAUAACUGAAAACCGCGGUUUUGUGAGCUCGUGAGGGGAUUUGGACAGAUACACUUAACUUAUACAUGUCGAGGGUACGUUGUAGGUAUCUGGACGAUACGUACAGUCGUUUUUAUAAAUCGCUUGCCAGUUUAUUCAUGUAUGUCUUAAAUACUGGAUUCCAGGAAUUCUUCUUGUAUAUUAUAGACCUCGUUUCAACGACUUUUAAAAAUGCAGGUAAUGUCCUCGGGCACUCAAAGUUUUUCAACCUAUAACUAAAAAAAAAACAUUAUUGUUCUCGGAUAAUUUUAUUUUUGUAGCUCGAAGUAUAAAAGUCUUGUUUUGCAAAGGUUACUGAUGGAACGUGUCUCCAAGAUUUCCGCUGAAUACUUGUCUUGGGUUUUUCAUGCCGAUUAUAAGCUGGGCACAUUAUAUAUCACUACGCGAAUAUGUUUUUUUAAACGAUUUAUUUACAAGGAAAUAUCCUUCUCCACUUGUACCUUUUAAGUUUUCAACACUGAGGUCUCCCAAUCAACUUUUGCUUUUCUAUUGUCUCCACAAAAAAGACAUAUUGUCUAUAUAUACCUUCGAAAGCAGCAGAUUUAAAAAUAAUAAAAAAAUAAAGCCUUUAUUUGAGAAAAAACAAGUAAAGGAGCAAAGGAGUAGAAUUGAAGUCAAUGUUUCAGCAACUUAAUGAAAAGAAGAUUAUUCCUAUCAGAAAUGAGUAAAGAAUGUAUGGCUCUUCCAUCCCACUCACACUUGCCCUAUCAACUUGCACGCUGUUGUUUAGAGGAUUAUAAGAAGAAAUAGCUUUUAAGCUAUAAAAGAUUAAAAGCUUUCGUUUAAAAGUGUAAAAGAAAUUCACACUUUCAGUGUCGAUCGGCAAUUUGUUCUAAGCGAGGAACAACAUUCAAUUUAAUCCCAAUAAGUUUUGAGAUAUGACGUCAUUGUAUAUGGGUUACUUCUCAGUAGCUAGUAUCUGAUUUA